UGAAAGGUUAAAGGUAAGGCAGCUGAUAUUUGGUGGGGUAUCGUGUAGACGCUCGGCUACCACCCGUGUUACAUUACUCUGGCACGCGAGUGGCGACGGUCGCGGUCUAGCUCUGCCAGUGUGACGUGACGUAGUUCUGUGUCGUGAAACGAGUGCGUGUGUGGUAUCAUGCUGGUCAGCGCGGUGGUCGCUCUUGCCUGCUUCGGUGUAGCGAUUGGCAGCCCUACCGAGCUACAUUCAGGUGCGAAUUUAAAUCCAGUAGAAGUCGCCGAAUCAUCAGAUAAGGUUGAACUGCGAGAAAAGAGAACUCCCGGACGAAGCUGGGUGCAAGUUCUGACUGCAUAUGAUGAAGACUAUGACGAUGAAGACAACAAACCGCGACGAAAAUCUGGCAACGCAGCGGAUAGGCCCCUAUACCUGCCCCUUGAACUACCCAUAGGCGGAUCGAGAUCACGAGGACACAUUCUGCCACUACUGGUCUUGCCGUUCUCGGCUGGAGCUCCACGCAUUUCUCAUCGCAAAGAAUAUGACGACCAUUCGGACCAAGAUACGAUUUACCAUGAUAACGAGAAUUAUUACGAGGAAUCACCGAUUCAAAGACCACGUAGACCAACUUCUAGGCCUCCAGCAAAACGCCCAGUUGAUACAGAACGACAGCCUCAGAAACCUGCUAAUACAUGUAAGGGCUCCGACGACGCCACAUCACCGCCGCCGAUAAAACCUUCUAAGCCACGAUCCAAGAAGCCUCAAUAUCCAUCGUACAUUCGUGUUGAUCAACUCGAUCAGACUGCAGCUAAUCCUUCAUUCGAAAAAGCAGCAUCGUCCAAAGAGUUAGUUGAAAGGUUUCGUGCUCAAGCUCCGGAGGCACCUGGGUCGCCGCCUGCUGUCUUCUCCGAGUAUGAUGGCACCGAGAGAGUCUUGGAAACUGAAAAUUCCGAUGAAGUACCGACGCUUGGUGCCUCUCCUAUCGUGACAAAUAACUCUCCUCCCAGCAGGAAUUCCUUUCAAACACAACAGAAUUACUACACAACUUCGUUUGGGACGGGUGUUCGCAGCCGAGACCCAUCGCGCCCACUUUUUAAUCGCUCGCUCGUGUUGCAUGGCCAGCUCACCGUACCGCGAGCCGAUUUCACCGAAACAUACACGGCUUGGUUCGAUGCUAAGAGUGGAUCGGCCCGGGUCAGUUUCUAUGGCGGGUCUACUUCCACAUACCGCGCGAUAAUGCCUGAUGGAAGCGUACAGCGCCUAGAAAUGCGCAUGGAUCGUUCAGGCGAAGGUCAGAUACGCCGCUGCGGCAAGGCCGAGUCCCCGCAGAGCACGCGAGCCGACCGCGCCCCGCCCGCCUUGCCUGAUUUAGAACUUUUUACUUUUGCUGGCUACGAACAGUCAGACGGCGGGCGUGCGGAGCGCUGGCGACUCACCGAGAGGACGGGCGCGGGCGAGCGCGGCGGCGCACAAGGCGAGUCGCUCACUCUGCGGCACGAGCUGGUGCUGCUGCGCGCGCAAGACGACUCCGCACGACCGCUGCGGUACACCGUGAACAUUGACAGCUCCGUGCUGGGUACUGACUGUGACGGGUACCAACAUCAAUACCUGGAUGCACGCGAGUUCAACCCUGACAGCACAUUCUUCACACCAAAUAUAGUAGACACAUGUGAUUUCGUUCAGACCCUGAACGCUUCGUCAGCAGAGCAUUUGGCGCGUCUUGAACCGUUGCUGGAGUUCACACUCCCGCACCGCGACCUGCGAUACGAUGAGGCCUUCCAGCGAUUCAAAACGGAGUACAACCGUCAGUAUGCAGAUAAUACAGAGGAGGCCGUUCGGAAAAAUCUCCUGAUGCAGCAUCUCCGGUUCAUACGCUCCGGCAACCGGGAGGGGGCGACGUUCGAGUUGGCACCCAACUACCUCGCGGACCGCCUCGAUGACGAGCUGGCGGAGCUGCGCGGACUGCAGCUGUCACCCGAGAACACGCGUGCGGAAAUCUUUCCGCAUACGAGGGACUCCCUCAAAAAGGAGGAACCUAGCCUCCCCGACAGGUUCGACUGGAGGCCACGCGGAGGCGUUUCGCCAGUCAGAUAUCAAGGCUCGUGCUCGUCGUGCUGGGCGUUCGCGGUGGCGGGUGCGGUGGAGGGCGCGCUGUUCCUGCGCACGCACCGCCUCGUGCCGCUCUCGGAGAAGUGUCUCGUCGACUGCGCUCACCCGUUUGGUGGAAACGGUUGCAAAGGAACUUGGCCGAGUCACGCUUAUGAUUACGUUCAGAACCGCGGGCUGCCGGCUCUUGAAGAAUAUCCAGAGUAUAAGGAUAAGGUCGACACGUGCCAGGAGAAGAGCGUGCGGUCCGUCACCCGCAUCAGCGGUCACGUCAACGUCACCGCCAACAGCGUGACCGCGCUGAAGGUCGCUAUUCGACAACACGCUCCGUCCGUCGUCAUCAUCGACGCUAAGGCUAAAAGUUUCAUCUUCUACAAGAAAGGCGUUUUAUACGACGACAGAUGCGCGAAGACACCGAAGAAGCUGAACCACGCAGUGUUAGCAGUGGGAUGGGGCCAGCGUAAGGGCGAGCCGCACUUCAUACUGAAGAACUCCUGGUCGGAGGCGUGGGGCGAGCGCGGGUACGUGCGAGUCCAGGCGCGCGCCAACACGUGCGGCGUGCUGGCGCGGCCGUCAUACCCGCGCAUUCAGGACGGCGACAUCCUGCGAGACCUGCAGGGUUCCAUCCGCGUCCAGCCGCGGUAGACCGACGACUACGACGACGCGCUCCGCGGCCGGCUCGCUCGGGCCAGCGCGCGGGACACGGCCUGCCACGAGCAGGAGUAGUCGUCUCGUCGGCUGUGCUUGUGUGUCGGGUGUGGGCGCGACUCAAGUUUCAUAAUAGUGAAGUUUCUAAGCAAAUGUACACGUUUGACGGGUUUAUGCAAAUUUCACAAGACUGGAAAUAAAGAUGAAUCCUGAGUCUUAAUCUACGAGUGUUUAUAUUCAUAGUGCUUGUAAUGUUUGCUUAUGAUUACAAGCUACG